CAGUGGGUGCAGUACAUAAUUCAGUCCCAAUGAGGGGACACCCCUGUCUCUCCUCUCCGGUCAAGCCUCGGAAGCAGCAGCCUCGGCUCAGCCUGCGGACCGACUGGCCGAUGGGUGUUUCCUGCUGCGGGGUGGAUGGAGGAUCAACCUUGGAGAAGGACGAAGGCUGUGUUUGUGUUGCAGGUAAUGCGUGACUUCCAGCGGCUAAGGAGAGGAAGGACAGGGCAGAGCGAGGAACAGACAGUCUGUGGUGAUCUACAGUAGGACGUAAACAUUGUCAUGCCCUGCUGCACCGCCUUCCCGCGUCCGCUUCCUUCUCUUCGGCUUCAGGACAGCGGCAUCAGAUUGUGAGGAUAACCGAUGAGCAGAAGCAGAGGAGAAGCCUUCCUUCAGAGGUAAAUAUUUGGAAGCCGUGCUGAAGUUGUGUUCGGGAUAGGAGGCUGCGGUGGCCCACGGGCUGCGCCGUGGCCCCCCUGCAUCUUGACUUUGCUGUGUUCGUGUUUUGCGGCCAUGCUGCAGCCAGCAUCUUCAGACCUUUUCCCGACUUGAGAUACUAGUUCUUUCAUGGCUUACAAAUCCUCUGAGGCAGAACAUUACUCGAGCUACAUGUGAAUGUUAUUUUUUCCAGGAUAUUAAUUCCUCAGAGCCGCUUUGAUGAUGGACAUUUUCAUGAGCUGCAAAACAGUUUUAUUGCUCAGAAUACUUCAUGUCAAAGCUCCAAACAGAUCUGGAUUCUAGAAGAUGUGAGCAGCUGCAGUUGUUUUGGUAAAGCAUCUGACACACUGAUGAAACCUGCCUCUGCAUGACUGCUUGGUGGGAUCAGAGUUAAUAUUAUCACUUUCACAUUUUUGCUGCACCAUGGGGGCCAAGCAGACCAAAGGCCAGGAGUCUGGAGGAGCCAGUCCUCAACACAGCUGGAAGCGGACCCCCACCAAGGAGCGGGGUGACAUCUUGGCGUCCCUCAUGCUGAAGUCAGGGGACAGGCUGAACCGAGGUGGGACACCACCGCCUUAUCAGCGCAGAAUCGGCAUGAUCCAGGAGAUGAUGCUGAUGGCCAAGCAGGGCAAGCAGGACGAGGCCACUGAGAUGCUAAAAACACUCCGACAGGAUUUGGGCAUGGAGUCAACAUCUCUGGAUGACGUGUUGUACCGCUACGCCAGCUUCAGAAACCUGGUCGACCCCAUCACUCAUGACCUGAUUAUCAGCCUAGCACGAUAUGUCCACUGCCCCAAGACGGAGGGCGACUCUCUUGGGGCAAUGGAGAAGGUUUGCCGUCAGCUGACCUACCAUCUCAGCCCCCACUCGCAGUGGAGGAGACAGGGCCUGCUCAAGAGGAAACCCCAGGCCUGUCUGAAGGCAGUGCUGUCGGCCCCUCCAUCCACUGGGGCGUUGGAUCUCUCCGGGAUCCCCCUGACGGCUCGGGAUAUGGAGCGUCUGUGCGCCCACCUGCAGCGACACGCUUCCACCGUGAUCAGCUUGGAGCUGGGCUUCACGGAGCUCACUGAUGAGGCCUUCCUCCUGCUUCUGCCCACAUUGGCUGGCCUGCCGCACCUCGAAACCCUGGCGCUAAACGGAAACAGGCUGACCAGAGCUAUUCUGAAGGAGCUGACUGAUGCCCUGAAGGAUCCUGGCAGUUUCCCUAGUGUGACGUGGAUUGACCUGGGCAACAAUGUGGACAUCUUCUCCCUACCACAGCCCUUCCUUGUCAGCCUGAGAAAGCGCUGUCCAAAGCAGGGCAACCUGCCCACCAUCCUGGAGUUCGGAGAAAGCCAAGCCAGCGACCCCCCAGAGAGGCUGCGAGGGAUUGGAGAAGAGGAUGAGACCGACGACACCAACAGGACUGAGAGCAUGGGAGAGCUCCGGUCUGAGGUGGAGGAGGAGCUGGAUGGAGAGACAGAGAUAGAGGAGAUGAUGGAGGAACUGCUGGACUUUGACCGGGAGGUGCAGGGGAAGGACGAGGAGGAGGACAGCAUGUGGACGGUGCAGGAGCAGAGGAAAGGAGGCAGGCAAAGGCGGAGGGGAGGGAAAGAGGAGGAGGAGGAUGGGGAGAGGAGGAAAGAGAGGCCCAAGAAGGUGGUGAUGACAGAAGACGAAGACGACACGCAGAGCCGCUCCUCUCACCUGUCCUGCUCCAGCCAGUCGCAGCACUCGUCAAUAGUGGCCGAGCCAAUGAGAGUGGAGGAGGAAGACCUGACUGACCAAUCGGAUCACUUGACCUGACUGCUGCUCUCUGCUCUGCUCUGCUUAUAUUUCCCCUCCUGUGUCGAGUCCUGUCUGGAAAAAAAUGGAGGAGCAAGAAAGAGAGAAAGAGACUUUGUCUAAAAGGAGAGAUAACACUCUCAAAGCUGAAAGUCAAAGAGGCUGUGGUAGCUAGGAUGUAAUCCAUAUGAACACGUCACUUGAUACACCCUCUACUGAUCGGAUUUGUGACCAGCUGAACCCAGGUGACUCUGUGUGUGCAGCUGCUGACUGUAACAUGAGAUGACAAUCCCCAAAAGGACCUCUGUCUAUCAUAAAUGUCUGUUGUUUCAAGUCUGAGAAGGAUGUUAAUGCACAGAGGAGACAGCUCGAUUAAACCACACAAGGCUUUUAAGUAUAGUGGGGAAUGUUAACACAUACCUUUAUUCAGGUUCUUCCUCCUGGUAAUCCUGGUAAUACCUACAUGUGCCUGUAACAUGUCCUGUUACUGGUUAAGAGUGUGCAAGAGAUUAACAUAUAAAGAAUAACACAAACUAGUCAGUGCCCUAAUGUUUAAAAAAAUGCUUUUGCCAAAAACUCAAAGUGGAAAUGGAUAAACUGCCUCCCUCCCACAUAUCUCAGUGGCAAACCAGAUGGAUCAAAGGACAGACAGGCCUCAAAAGUCAAGCCUAAAGAUUCACAAUCCUUAAGAAAAGAACAGAUGUAUGGUGCAUUCGUGCAAGAGAGGUGCCCUGAAGGCACAGAUAAAGUGAGUCACUGGAAAGCAAAAGAAGCAAACAACUGAAACAUCACAUUAUAGGCCUAAUAGAAAUGGUGUGAAAACAGGGAUUUGAGCGUCCUCUUGCAAAAGGAGAACGGCUGGGUGAAGUGAACAUGUACAGUGGGUAGAUAACAAUCUUAUUGCCAUAUAUCCCAAAGCAAAGUGCCGGGUAUCAAGUUGAAAUAUUUAGUAGCUUUUUUCUCAUAAUCCAGGUCAUGUUUCACUCCAUGGUACUGUACACUAGCGUGCGUCACAUGCUUACCGUGCUGUGUUAUAUAUAGGCCGCAGCUUUGAAAACCAUCACAUAACAGUGUCUGCUGGAUUGUGACAAAUUAGAUCCCCUUGCAGUUUGUAGCUCAUGUCCAGCUUGUGCUUUCCCUCAUGUGUCACAUAUAUGUAAUCCAUGCAGAGCUUUAAGAAUUAGCUGUAUUUUUUUAAUGUACAAUUUAUAUAUAUACAUAUAAAUGAAUAUAUUUGUUUUUUAUCUGUUCAGGGACAUAGUUUAGACUUUAGAUAUGAGCUAGAUAUAGAUAUCAAUGAUUCAGUUGCUCAUAAAUGUUGGGCUUCUAUCCUGGGAAUAAUCCUGGAAAAUUCAUACUUUUUAAUAUUGUGUCCAGCUGCAGCUUGAACUUGGUGUAGUUGUAUAGAAGAGAGCCUUACCUAUAGAAGUUUAAAAACUAAUAAAUGCAAUUAGAAUUUUCCCCCAGACAGCUGCCACAUCUGCUCCUACAUUAAUCUUUGGUGCUUUAGACAUUUGUUGCAUAAAAAAAUGAUGACAUUUUGUGACAUGUAAGACGCUUUGUAGUUGCAUUACAGAAUCUCCCAGCAACCUCAGCCGGGUCCGUCAAGGAGUUCUCAUAUGGAUUAUCGAGACUGUAUGCAAUAAUAUCCAAUUAAAACAGACACGAGGGGUGAUUGAUAAGGACAAGGAGGAGGUGAGUUAUAAAGCUCUUGUUACACUCAGUUCAACAUUGGCCUUCAUGCAGUGACUCUUAGCUCAUUUUUUUUGACACGUCUUAUUUAAUGAUCUCUAUAUUCUUGUGUUUUAUUGCUUUUGUUAGCCCUAUUUCAUUAUAUUUCUUUUCACCUUUAUUUGCUAAUUUUGCACACAAAACAAAUACAGAUUAACUUUACUGAAUAUUAACAGGUCAAUUUUUUUGCCCUUUUUUUCUUGUCAUUCUGUCUUCUUUCAUUCUCCAUCAAGUCAUGGUGCCUGUUCAUUUUCUCAGAAGGUGUUUACUUGAAAUUUCUUAUUGUCUGAAACAGAAAAAAACAAACAAACAGUAAAAUCACAACCUUUCAGUGUAAACAAGCAUUCAGCUGCAAGUGAAUGUAACAAACACUGUACAACUCAUCUCCUUCCAUCUCAGACCACAAACAUAUCAAUCACCUUUCAUGGACACAAUAAUAGUGUACAUGAGCCCAGUAAAGACCUACCACACUAUUUACCUGCAGUUUUUCAUGAAUACCAACAAAAAGCUGUGCCUAGAGUAAUUUUAAAGGGGCACUCCACUGACAUAAUCCAUCUCAACCCAUGAAAACAAUUCAGAUGUUCUCUGUUACAAUUGAGGGUGUUUUCUAUAGUUUAUGAACAAUAAAUAACCUUGACGACAUAAUCUGUUACCGUCACUGUCUUUAGACUUCCAACAGAUUUGACAAGUUUUACAAAAUACAGUGUGGUGUUGCACUGUGGGAACUGUAGCCUUCAUUGUUGUCAGUUUUAAGGUCCAGCGUGUAAGAUUUUGUGGGAUUUCAGAGGAUGUCAUAUUCAGAAUCAUGUUUUCAGUUGUGUAUAAUAACAUGAAAAUGAGACUGUGUUUUCAUUAUUUUAGAACGAGUCAUUUAUAUCUAUAAAGGGAGCAAGUUAAUGCCAUGUUUCCACUGUGUUUAAAACAGACUUUUUCUUUCGGCAGUUUUAUAAAAGAUGUCAUUCAGUGUUCAGUGUGGACCAGAUGUAAUAUCCCCUUUACUAAAAAUCCCACAGUAGAUAAAACACAUACUGCCCCUCUGCAAUGGAGGGUAUUCCGUUAAUCUACAACUUGACCACCAGAUAUCACUAAAUUUUACACACCGAAUCUUGACAUUUAUUUAACAUGGACUGUGGAUUUAAAAUCAGGAAUCUCGGGUCUUUGAUGUAUUGAUUUGAGCUAUUGUUGACUUGUAUCUUAAUCCUACCUUUACAGGAGUGUUAAUUUUUAAUUAAUGCAAAAUUAUAAAAAUGGUAUGUUUUGAAAAGCAACAGUUUAAUGUAAUUUCGUACAUUUCAAUGUAGGUAUCCAUUGACCUUAACCUGAAUACAUAAAGAAAUCCAUGUUUUAUACUGUAUAAUGCAGAAAACAAAGAUGUAUUCAUUAUUGCUCUUCAGUAAGUCCUUUGAAAGCCAGUACAUCUGUGGAACAAUGAUUACCUGUUAGAGGGUUCUGAGGUAACAUGAUUUGUCACCCAGUGCAGGUGUGUGUUUAUUUACACUGCCACAUAAUGCUUAAAGAUUUCUACCCAGCUAUCACUUCAUUAUUACAAACUAACCUACAGACAUUCUGUAGUUUUAUACCAAGAGCUGACAUAGACAUAAUUUCCCUUUAAAGUAUUUUUACAAUAAGCUAAUAUUACAGUGACCCUGUAAACUCAACUUUGUAACUUCAAUGAAUCCUUUAAACUAAGGCUGUGGUGUGUGUGCUAACAUACUCUGGAGCAUUUUCAGAGACACAUAGUUCAUGUGAGACAGGGUAGGGCUGUGCACUAUGACCAAAAUAUUCCAUCCAAGUGUUGGUAAUUUUAUAUCCAGAUGAUGUUACAUAUCACAAUAUAAUGCAUUUUCUAUAAUUUAAUAAACAGGUCAUAUAAAUAGACCACAUGGAAAGGCCUGUUUCUUCAGUUAUACUCUCAACUAAUAAGUAUUUACUCAUAUGUUUGCAUUUUCCCCAUUUAUUUCAGAUCUUUGUGUAAAAUUUCACUUAUGCAUGCACAAAAAUAUAAAAUCUUAAUGUAUAAAAAGGAUUUAGAGAAAUCAUUCGUGAAUUAUUUGUCAAUAUGGUCAACAAUAUUAAGUCCAAAGGGAUGAUUUUCCACAACACUAGAAUGACACAGAAUGGCCAAAAAAAGUCCCCACCUGGAUUUAAACACAGCAAGGAGUUCAAAGCCUUCCACUGGAUAAUUCCUGCAGUGACUAAUAUGUUUCAUCUGCAACAAAUUCUUUAACUAAUGCAGUGAGUAGCUUCUCAUUUCUUAAACCAACAUCAGUUUGAUACAGAGCAUAAAGACUGGACUAUGUUUCAAUGGAAAAAGGUCAUGUGGUCCUACCCAUUAUGCCUAGUGCCUACAGUACAAGCCUGUGGGGCAGUGUUAUGAUCUGGGGUUGAUUCGGUUGGUCAGGUCUAGGUUCAACAGUGUUACGUGUCCAUAAAAUCAGUUGAAUCUGAACAUACUAAAUGACCAGGUCUGACCAUCAGUAGAGGUUUUUCUUCUUUGAUGACACAGACAUAUUCCAAGAUGACAACACCAGAAUUCAUUGGAUUGUGAAAGAGUGGUUCAGGACUGUGAGACAUCAUUUUCACACAUGGAUUGACAACCAAAGUCCAGACCUGAACCCACUGAGAAUCUGUGGGAUGUGAUGAACAAGACAAGAUCUUGGCCAAACCUGAAUGCAACUAUGGAUGGAAAUAAAUGUUCAUAAAUUUGCUUAUCAAAACAAUAUUGUGGUGAAUAUGUGCCAUAAUCAAAGCCAAAGGCAGUGCAACAAAAUGUUAGUGUGGCACUUUAUUUUUAGACCGUGUAUUUGAGUAGUAGCUGCAAAUAAAUGUUGAUACAGGUCUCACAUAGAUAUUGGUUUAUAAAAUAUUAAAUAUAAACAUGGCAAAUUAAGGGUGAUCAUAAAUAUUUCCAUUAUGUUCAUGAUUUGUCACACAGUGAAUCACAUGAUAUACUGAUCAUCAUAUUGCACAGCCCUAGGAAAAUGUGCUUGAAUAACCCACUAAUUUUCAGCAGCUGUAGACAUUUAUGGAGGAAGUCAAAAUUGUGUAAUAUUGACUACUGUACAGUACAUUCAGAUUGUAAUGUGAGCAUAUGUGCAACAUGAGUUGCUGUCACUGCAGAUAACUGGCUCAGUCUGUGGCCUGGACCCUGGUCUGAGGGUCGAACUAAAGCUUUGGUCCCUAUUCUCAGGUUUACUGUGGUUUUCUGCCUGCUACUGUAAUAGGACUCCCUGUGGCUGCAGAGGGAGAGAGUUAACCAGUAAGGCAAAGAGUGUGCGUUAACAUGGUUUAGGUCAUGUUCUGAAGCCAUGUACCUGUCUGUCUUUAUAUUAUGAUCACUACACACUGAAAUGAGCUGAUCCAUCUGAACAGAUGUGUGUUAAAAAGUGCCAUUGACCAACAAAGCAAUUUGUUUAAAGUAAGUUCUAUAUAAAUUGGUUGUAUUUUAUUUAGCUUAAGUCUGCUUUUAAAAUGUAUAUCAAACUGUAGACACAUGUCCAUGCUUUGGUGAUUGUGCUUGUGUUUCACAGUGCGUUCUUUGUACAGCAGUCAGGCACAAUGACUGAUGUUGCUCUGCCCGUUAAGGCAGAAUGUAUUAGGUAGUAUCAUGGUGCUUAAUUUGGAGCACAGAGGGCCGGUGAAUGCUUUUCAAAGUGAGCAGAGGAUGUGAAGUUUCCAUAUAUGUUUUAAUUCAUCGUGAAUCUCAAGGACUUUGUCAAUACGUCUAAUGUGUAAAAAGAAACAUGGCUAUAUGAAUCUGAAGGCAUGAGUGUAUGCAGUAGCCUGUUUCUCCUCUCCCUAUAUAUUCCAAACUACAGUAUACCUCUGUAUCUAUACAGUAUCUUCCUGUCACUCUCUCUUUUUCUGAAGCUCUUGUGGAACUAAUUUCUGUCAUUCAACAGUAUCAAGGGGAUCCAUUAAAAAUAAUGCUCUGGGCUGUCAUUUAAAGACACAGAUAUAAAACCAUAUGAUUUGCUGUUAUGAUAUGGAACUGACCAAUAAAUUCUGAUAUAAAA